GGUUGAAGUGAAGCUUGUAGAAACAUAAAAUCAAAUUUCUGCAUUGUAACAAGAUAUCGAAUUCAGGGAAAGCAGAGCUUAACAUUUCAAUUUGUCAUGGAAAAUAUAUAUGUUUCUUCCUCACUUUUUGUAAUCCUUUGCAUAGCAACGUUCACAAUUCAGCUGGCCAAUGCCACUGUUCCAGCCAUAUAUAUAUUCGGGGACUCAAUUGUAGAUGUUGGGACUAAUACCUACAUUCCAGGGAGCACAGCAAGAGCAAACUUUCCUUUCAAUGGCGUCGACUUUGCCCACUCAAGACCAACUGGGAGGUUCAGCAAUGGCCUCAACAGUGCUGAUUUUCUCGCCAAGCUAAUGGGGUUUAAGAGAAGCCCACAACCUUAUUUAUUUCUUGUUAGCCUGCAAUCUAGCCUCAAAAGGCGUAAACACAGAGGUGCAAACUUCGCUUCAGGAGGAGCCGGGCUCCUUGACACUACGAAUGAAGCAAGGAAGGUUGUCUCCUUGACAAAGCAGAUCCAACAAUUCUUCACAGUUUACAACAAUCGUGUAGCAGUCUUGGGUUCAGAUGCAACUAAAAAAAUGCUCUCAAAAUCUCUCUUCUUUGUCAGUGUUGGAAGCAAUGACAUCUUUGUCUAUUUCUCGACCAAUAAUACUAUGCCUCCGGUACUAUAUAUCACCCAUCUUAUGCAUCAGUAUGAGGCCUACAUUAAGACUCUAUACAACUUUGGGGCUAGAAAAUUUGGCAUCAUAGGUGUUCCUCCAAUUGGAUGCUGUCCAGCUCGGAGAGUUUACAAUGCUACUGGAGGUUGUCUGGAAGGAAUGAACAAUUUUGCCCGAGCUUUCCAUUUUGCAUUAGAUACCCUGAUGAGAAAAAUUAGCUCAGAGCUUCCGGAGAUGAAGUACUCACUUGGAAACACACAUGAGUUGAUCAUUAAUGUCAUACAAAAUCCCAGUCAUUUCAAUUUGAAGGAUGUAGAGACGGCUUGUUGUGGAGCAGGAAGACUGAAUGCAGAAAUCCCAUGUAAUGUGACAUCAAAUCUUUGUGUGAACCGCAAAGAGUACCUAUUUUGGGAUAUGUGUCACCCGACACAAACUGCUUCUCAGCUGGUAGCUGUGACACUCUAUGAUGGUCCUCCAAGAUUUGUUACCCCAAUUAACUUUCACCAAUUGGCCGACGACAAUUAGCCAACAAGUAGUUUUAGCUUUUUGAUCAGUCCCUAUCAAAUGUGUAACUCAUUCUAGCCAAAUUAGUGUUCAUCAUUUAGGCUAUAUGCUUCUUUAUUCUAGCCAAAUAAGUGUUCAUCAUUGAGGCUAUAUGCUUCUUUUGGUCUAUUCUCAUUUAUGUAUUAACUAUCAAAUAUAUCAAUUGAAAUGGUUUGAUUGUUUAUUUCUUA